AGCUGCGGCAGUCAGCUAGCAGAGGUUGUGCUUCCGCAUUGGAGACCGGCUGGUGGGCAGCGGCUGAGCGCUUGUUAUUGUUUUUGUUGUGGAGGUGGUGAUGACCCUAAUGGAGAAUGAAUAAGCGGUGACACGUCCGUUCACCAGUCAUGUCCCAGUCUCCCUCACAACUGCAGCAGCAGAGGAGGAGGGACAGGCGCAUCUUCUCCGGGACAUGCCCAGAUCCUAAAUGCCGGGCCCGGUUGUUUUUCCCGGCCCAGGGCUCUGCUAGUAUCGAGUGCACGGACUGCGGUCAGAGACACGAGCAGAGACAACUGUUGGAAGUGGAAGAGGUGACAGAGCCGGAUGUAGUGCUGCACAACCUGCUGAGGAAUGCGUUGCUUGGUGUUGCAGCCCCACCACGGAGGAGCACGGACAUGGUCAAAGUGAUGGGGCUUUCCAACUAUCACUGCAAGCUACUGUCCCCUGUACUGGCACGCUAUGGUAUGGACAAACAGACGGGCAAAGCUAAGCUACUGAAGGAUAUGAACCAAGGGGAUAUCUUUGAUUGCUCACUGCUGGGUGACCGUGCAUUUCUUAUUGAGCCAGAGCAUGUGGAUACAGUAGGUUAUGGUAAAGACAGAUCAGGUAGCGUCAUUUAUUUGCAUGACACCCUUGAUGAUAUCAAAAGAGCCAACAACAACCAAGAAUGCUUCAUUCCUGUCCACGUUGAUGGUGAUGGUCACUGCUUGGUCCAUGCUGUGUCCCGUGCAUUGGUGGGCAGAGAACUUUUUUGGCAUGCCUUGCGGGAAAACUUGAAAAAACAUCUGAAAGAUAACCUAGAUCGCUAUAAGGCUCUUUUCCAUGACUUUAUUGAUGUAGCUGAAUGGGAAGACAUUAUCAAUGAAUGUGACCCUUUGUUUGUUCCACCAGAAGGGGUACCACUUGGCUUGAGAAAUAUUCAUAUAUUUGGACUGGCUAAUGUUUUACACCGUCCCGUCAUCCUGCUGGACUCCUUAAGUGGAAUGAGAAGCUCUGGAGACUAUUCUGCUACCUUUCUUCCAGGUCUGAUACCGGUAGAGAAAUGCAAAGGCAAAGAUGGACAAUUAAAUAAGCCAAUAUGUAUUGCUUGGAGUAGCUCUGGCCGUAACCAUUACAUCCCUUUAGUUGGUAUAAAAGGUCUUUCAUUACCAAAGUUGCCUUUAAAAUUGCUCCCUAAAGCUUGGGGAGUGCCUCAAGAUUUGAUUAGACAGUAUAUUAAAUUGGAGGAUGAUGGUAGCUGUAUAAUUGGCGGUGAUAGGAGCUUGCAAGAUAAAUACCUACUCAGACUGGUUGCUGCAAUGGAAGAAGUAUUUAUGAGCAAGCAUGGUAUCCAUCCAAGUUUGGUAGCAGAUGUUCAUCAAUAUUUUUACAGGAGAACUGGAGUCAUUGGAAUUCAACCUGAAGAAGUUAUAGCCGCUGCUAAGAAGGCAGUUUUGGAAAAUCGCAUUCAUAAAUGUCUAAUGUGUGGAGCACUUUCAGACCUUGUAGUUCCUUCAGAGUGGUUGGCACCAGGAGGGAAACUAUAUAACUUGGCAAAAACAACCCACGGUCAAUUAAAGACAGAUAAAAAUUAUAGUUUUCCCCUUAACAAUAUUGUUUGUUCCUAUGAUGCUGUAAAUGAUGUAUUGGUGCCAGAUUACAACUUGAGUAAUAUGAAUACUUGUAACUCGUGUCGUGGCAAUAAUGUGCGCAGAGUCAGAAGUGAUGCAUCUAUUGUGUAUAUAGAUGGUGACAGAACUAACACUAGGUCAUUUGGUGGCAAGUGUGGUUGUGGCUUCAAGCACUACUGGGAAGGGAAAGAAUAUGAUAAUUUACCAGAAGCUUUUCCUAUUACUUUAGAGUGGAGUGGGAGAGUAGUUCGAGAAACAGUGUACUGGUUUCAGUAUGAAAGUGAUGUGACGUUGAAUAGCAAUGUAUAUGAUGUGGCAAUGAAACUUGUUACCAAGCACUUUCCUGGGGAGUUUGGCAGUGAAAUUCUUGUACAGAAAGUUGUUAAUACAAUAUUGCAUCAAACUGCCAAAAAGAAUCCAGAUGAAUAUACACCAGUGGCUAUAGAUGGAGCACAUGUGCAAAGAGUGGAGGAUAAUAAGCAGGACCUGGAGUCAGAAUCGCAUCUCCCCACAAAAAUUAUCCUUACUGGACAAAAAGCAAAGACUUUGCACAAAGAAGAAUUAAAAAUGAGUAAAACAGAAAGGAAACUUCAACAAAAUAUUACAGAACAAGCCAUUGUUACGCAGAAACGUAAGACUGAGAAACUAAAACAAGAGCAGAAAGGACAAGUAAGAUCCUCUUCCCCUGGAACUGUCAGAGAUAGCCCCUCAUCUGGCCCUUCUACACCCACCAAAACACCCUAUUCCCCAACAUCCUCUAAAGAAAAGAAAAUAAGAAUAACAACUAAUGAUGGCCGACAGGCAAUGCUCACUUUAAAGUCCACAACCACAUUUUCCGAAUUGCAGGAAGGAAUAGCCAAAGAACUAGAUGUUCCUCCCUAUUUACAAUGUAUUCGUUAUGGAUUUCCCCCAAAAGAACUUGUGCCACCUGUGAAUGGCAUGGAGAAUGAGCCUGUUCCUUUACAACAUGGUGACAGAGUAACGGUAGAGAUUCUGAAGGGUAAGGAUAAGCCUGUUUCCCAAGCAUCUUCCCAUUCUGCACAUGAAGUUACAAAUGAGGAGUCUACAAUUGCAGGGAAAACCAUUUCCAAGGAGCUUCAAGAACAUAUUGACAAGGAGAUGUAUUCAUUAUGUUUGCUGGCAACCUUUAUGGGGGAAGACGUUUGGUCCUAUGCUAAGGGGCUUCCACAUUUGUUUCAACAAGGCGGUGUCUUCUACAAUAUUAUGAAGAAAAACAUGGGGGUGGUUGAUGGAAAGCACUGCACAUUUCCACAUCUUUCUGGCAAAACUUUUGUCUACAAUGCAGCUGAAGACAGACUUGAACUGUGUGUGGAAGCUGCUGGACAUUUCCCAAUAGGUCCUGAGGUUGAGGAUUUGGUAAAAGAAGCUUUGAAUCAAGUGCGAGCUGAAGCAUCUUCCAGAAGCAGAGAAUCAAGUCCAUCUCACGGGCUGAUGAAACUUGGGAGUAGUGGAGUGGUAAAAAAGAAAUCUGAGCAGCAACACAAUGUGACAGCAUUUCAAGGCAAGGGACAUUCCCUAGGAACAGCCUCAGGAAGUCCAGAUUUGAAUCAGAGACCUAGGGAUUUAACAAGACACAGUUCAAUAACAGACUUCGGCAGUACGUCUGCCUCUGCAUAUCCAUCAGCUGCCAAUGACAGCGAGCUGAUCAGAGUAGCCCCUGGCGUAGUCACCAUGAGAGAGAGCAGGCAACUUGACCCUAAUUUGAUUGAAGCUCAGAGGAAGAAAUUACAGGAAAUGGUUUCCUCUAUACAGGCUUCUAUGGAUAAGCACUUACGGGAUCAAAAUGCUGACACAUCUCCAAAAAAAGGAGAAUUUCUUUCUGCAAUGUCUGGCACUAUUCAGGCAACUGUAACUGAAUCUGUGGGUUCUGGAACAAGUGAUGGUAAUGUGGUAAGGUCUGUGGGAACUGAGUUGUCUGUAAGACCCAAAAUUAAAUCUGGGAUUUCUUCUGAAGAUCCAGAAGAGAUGGAUAGCCAAGACGCAGUAAUAAGCAACAUGGCUGAACCUAUGGAUCACUCAUGAGGAGUAUAUAUGAUAGCUGCAAAAAGAAAAGUACAUAAAUAUAUAUAUGUGUAUAUAUAUAUAUUAAUAUGUAAUAUGAUGGCUGGACCACAGUAUGAAAUUGUCCUUUACAAAAUCCUUGUAUGUUUAAAUAAUUAUUAAACUCACUUUCGCUGCAUGAAAACAAAUGUGUAAUUGGCAAAAGCUUUCACAGUUCUAGCUUGGAAUGGUCAUUAUGAAACCAUCUGUACAUAUGAUUUUGAAAAGACUCUGAUCAGUGGAAAAUCCUCCUCUGUUGCAAGAGGAGCUGACAACAAAAUGCAGUGCUGGCCUUUUUAAACAGAAAAUCUUAAGCUUACAGUUUUAGAAUCCUAAUCAACAAUGUAAUGUAUGUUCAUUAGCACUUAGAUCCACCUUUUCUGCAGCCUAAAAAAAAAAUGCUUUAGAAUUAGAUUAGAGUGUUAAUGUCUUGUCAUCCAUUCAGAAGCCUUAUUUUUUUCUUGGUAACCAUGGUAUGUGUUAACCUCUGUUUUUCACGUUCUUAAAGGGUUAAUAUGACUUUAUAAUGUAAAUUAGAAUGUAGCCUCCUUUUCCAAAUAUAAUGUAUUACCAUUUGUUUAAACGCUUUUAACUGCAAAAUUUACAGUGCCUCAAUGUGACUCAUGUUUAGUUAAACAGCUUUCCAAGUGCAUUGUAAGAUUAGAACACAUUUCAUUUUGCAUGCGUUGCCUAACAAAUUGUCACUUCCGUAUUCACCAGUGAAAUAGCAGCAGUGUAUAGAAAUAACUCUAAAUUCUGCUUUAUUUACUUUAACGUUGCUAAUCAACUUUAUUUUAGUAAUUGGGGAAAAUAGUUCUACUGAAACCUGUUGAGGUAUAGUUAAAUUGUGAAUCCAUGUGCAGUAUAAUAUUGCAGAGUUUGUUAGUUAGCAGACUAUGUAUAGCUCAGAGUAAAGAGAAAAAAAACUAGUUCUGGGCCAACUAGUGUAUGGUAGAAAAUAAUAGUCUCAAAUACUUUUCUUAACCCCCCCCCCCCCCCCCCCCCCAUGGAAUUUGGCUAAGCAAGGGUGGUUUAAAAGCAUUUGCUAAUCUAAAUACAUUUGGGAAAUCUGUAUUGGCACUGGACGCUUCAUUGGCACUUAAAAGAAAGAUAAAACCAAUCACAAUGCAUAACUGAUUUAUACUUCAUUUCUGAAUCUCAAAAAGACACUAAAUAUGCAGCUUGCUUGUUGCCAAACUUUAAAGUUAUGUUGCACAUUUUUCUAGAAGUAUAGUUGAACUUUUUUUUUUUUUUCAUAGGAAAUACUUUAAGAUAACCUGUUGUAUAGUAACUUUGAAAAUCACAUCUGUAAAUAUUUAUUUGAAACGAAAUGCUGAGGAGAAAAUUGUUUAUUUUGAAGGAGUUAGUGGUACAUAUUCUGCUGUUUGCAUUUUUGAAGUCCCACAUUUUUACUUUGAGUGUCUAAAAGUAGCAUAUCCAAGUAUGUAAGAGGUUUUGAGCAAGAGGGGACUAAACUUGAAAUCACUACCCAACUGGUAUCUUAGUCAUACAGUGCACGAAGCAAGCCCAAUGUUUGUUUUUAUUUGUAAGCAAAGCAAUUGGUGCAUUUAUGUUGAUUUCCUUAUAUUAGUAAAAAAAACUGUUUUUGGAGCUAAGCAUUUUCCAACUCUUUUAUGACAGAUUUUAGUCAUUGGGGAAAAAAAUUCUGGUUGCUGAGAGAUUUUGGAGGAAAGAGAAUAUAUUCAAUAAAUUUGACAUUUGAAGCUU